AUGAAGCUCCUUCUCCUGGUUUUGCUUCUUGCCCUGUUCUUGGGCCAGGUCUCCCCAGUCAUGAAGUGUUGGGGUACGACAGGCAGGUGCAGAGCGACGUGUAAAGAGAGUGAAAUAUUCCAUAUAUUGUGCAAAUCCGAGGAGAAGUGCUGUGUGAAUCCCAAGUAUGUGCCUGUCAAACCAGCAUCCGCCUCUUCGGCAAAGAUACCGCUCCAACCAUGA